CACCACUCACUAAUCACUACACUAUUCGUCUGAAUCGUCUGUUCGCCAUUUUAGGUUUUAUUUAGGAGAGUUCUUUCCGAAGUGUUUGUGCUGAAAGAGAGUUUUAGGUGAUUUGCAGUCAUGGAGAGCACCAUUGACUUCAAAUUGGGAGCUGUAAUUGGAAAAGGUUCUUACGGAAAAGUGCACGUAGGAAAAUAUAAAAACAAUCAAGAAGAUGUUGCAAUUAAGACCUGUUGCAUUGAUGAGGUCCCAUCUGACGAGUGGCAACUCACUUUAGGUGAGACGUGCAUCACCAUGGAAUUGUGUCAUGAAGGUUUGAUCAAGUUCAUACACACACAGAUAUCCAACUCUGUCUUGUACAGAGUGAUGCCUUUGAUGCCCUACCUCAGUUGUGACAAAAUAAUGGAGAAGUCCUACCCAUACGGUAUCCCUGAGGUUGCUAUUAGCAUGAUCUUAAAAGACAUUUUGAAUGCUUUAGAGUACCUUCAUGGGAGGAACUACAUUAAUAGGUCGGUUAAAGGCAGCCAUAUUUUAAUCAGUGAAUCAGGAGCAGCCGUCCUCACAAGCUUCAGGUUCAUGUUAAAAAUGAAUGUAACUGAUCCAAAAACGUAUUCUGUUGAGAAUAUCGAAUUCAUGAAAAAGAAUAUGAUAUGGCUUAGCCCAGAGAUCAUCAAGCAGGAUAGCACAGGGUACUCCUACACGUCUGACAUCUAUAGUGUCGGAAUUACAGCGUGUGAACUCGCCAAUGGCGUCGCACCUUACAAGGACACCAACCCGACUAUGAUGCUUGUGAAAAAGCUUAAAGAUCGCCGUCCCCAAGUCUGGGACUCCAAAUAUCUGGAACAGAAUCAGGCAUGCUCCAGCCAACAGGCUUUGCCUCGUCAGCCAGCUCCAGUGUGUGGGCAAGGUGUUAACUCGAUUCUUCUCUCUGAAAGUUCCUCAGACUCUGAUGAAGAUUUCACAGUAAAGAACAACAGCAUGGAACAAAUGAACAAGAUUUACAGGGAGAAGCUAUUCUCCAAAGAAUUUCAAAACUUUCUCGAUCUAUCACUCUGCAUUGAUGGGGAUGCCAGACUGUCUGCCUCAGGUGCCUUGAAGCACAGAUUUAUAAAAAGCUGCCAAGGCCACCCUUCUACAGAACUCCUUCAACUAUUGAACUUAACUGAUCCCGUUGUAUACCAGCCAGUUCCAGAAACACAGGAAGCAGAAAAACCACAAGUGUUUAAACUCUCACCUGAAGACAUUGACUGGAAUUUUGAUUCAACAUCCUCUGAUGAAUCUGAAUAGAAAUUCAUCUUAAAUUGUGAUACAUUUAUAAUGGCUAGUGACUUUUGUUUUAGUUCUUAUUCUAUAAUAAGAAUAGUAUUAUUUUUAAUAUUGAGACACUACCAUGGUAUGACACUUCAGCCCCAGGCGACUAUUUUACUUAGCAGUAAGACUAAACAUAACAUGAAUCUUCAUAUGGGGCUGUGAGUGUUAAAUUUAAGGAUAACUGCUGAUUGUCCACAAAGACACAAAACCAAAGUUGAAUUAAUACACAUACUUAUGUACACACAGACAAAACCAAAGUUGAAAUAAUACACCUACUUAUGUACACACGGGACAUACAUAUGCGUAUAUAUAAAUAAAGUAAGUAACCCAGAUAAAUAUUAUUGCAGAACAAUAUUAGUUCAAUGACUUAGUGUUCUGAGAAUAAAUUCAUCUAUGGUAUUUACACAGUCAAUGAUGAAAACUGCAUUUUAAAGAUCUUAAUAAUACUAAAGUCAACAUCAAUUUUGAAUCAAGUUAAAAGCAUUUGAGUUAUAACAUCUCAUUUUUCACAAGGUAAAUUUAAAAAAAAUACUAUUUUUGCUGUUAAAAUUCAGUACACAAUAGCUGAGGGCUUUUAAACAGUAUGAAUCAUCCAUUCAAGGACACUCGUGCUACCCGAUACACUCAUAUUACUCUAAGACCCGUCUCCUCUGGCUCGGACUCUCUAACCUAGAUAUAUGUAGCAAGCAACUCAUGGUAUGGAACUAAAUAAAUAUAUACGUUAAAAUAUAAAUACUUGAUUGAUAAUUAUGUACAAUAUAUAAAAUACAACCAAUUUAUUUAAACCAUGCACAAAGGCAUUCUGGCUUCUUAACAGACGACACUAAAUGUUUCUACGUGAAAACGUUCCAAUUAACCCAGUUUUCAUCUCCCUGGUACUUGAAUCCGUGACCUGUAGUUAGAGAGCUGCAUCCUCACCCUUAUGCUACGAUGAAGGUCUCGAUUUUGGUGUGAGAGUUCGUUUGAAAUAAACAUGUAAAAAUUAAUCAUUGGAAGACUACAUAUUUCUAUAUGUAUACCACUGAAAAGUUAAACAUAUCAGCUUAUGCAAAAUAUAACACAAGCACUUCACUUUUUCCUUCAAAAAAGCAAGUAUUCAUAGGCCCAACUCUACAUGUGUUAUCUAUCCAUCAUGUCCACUCAUCCCCUUUAUUUACAUUAAAUGAUGAUUAAAUACGUGUUUUUUAAAUGAUAUUAUAUAUUAACCUUGUCUACCGACAGCACUAAUUAUCAUGAUAUCUAUAAGCCAGUUUUGGGUAGUGUCUCAAUUAAAAACUUGAAAUAUUAUGUACUUCAGUACAUACAGUAUAUGUUUUGACUUUUAAAUCCUUUAUGUUAAAUUUGUUCUUUGUUUAAAUUUACUUGAUUUUUUAAUUCCAAUUUUAAACAGUUGCGUAAGUUCCAGACAAUUUUAAAUUAAUUUGAAUCAAAUUAAAUAGAGGAACAGUAAGUUAUUUUUAAAUAGCGUAAUUAGUUUUCCAUUGCAAGAUCUGCAUUAAGUAUAGACUUUGAGUAGUGGUCGAAAUCUAAAUUAAAAUAAGAACUGUUUGUUAGUUAUGUUUAACUAUGUGUAAUUUAUGUUAAAUUCUUAUCUUGUGUUUAAUACUAUAAUUUAAAGGCCACCUAACAUUAAACUAUUAAGAUUUGUUGUGAAAUAAAAUACGAUACUAGCUGAGAGAAUUCUUGAAUAGGAUGUUAUUGAGAUUGGUAACUUCACGGGUAGUUAGGUGGCUUAUGUACUUGCCUGUGAUAAUACAUUAUAAGCCAACAAGUGUCUUUUAACUUACUUGUAGUAUAUUUCCGUACACACUUUCCUACACGUAAAUACAAUGUUGUGACUAUCAUUCACUGCCUUAAAUAGUCUUAUUGGGUGCUUAAGUUACGCACGAGGUGCUGGUCGUCAGACUAAUUACGCUCAGUCAUCAGUAUUGAAAUGGUACUCGUGUCUUUCAUUUCAGGCUGUUUUUGGAUGGAGAGUACUAAAUGUCACACUGUUAUUUGCCACAUAUACGAGGUCUCUGAACUCCUUAGUACUUCAGAAUGAGUUCCUUUUUAAUUACUUGAUACUUUCAGACCCAGUAGUGAUACCGCAGCGUCAAGCGCUAUACACACGGCUAGUAUCGAUCACAUCUCGUAUAGUAUCAUGUUCUACCUUUCAUCCCGUUUUGCAUUUAGUAACAAUUUUUUUACUGUAAAAAGAUUUAACACAUCCUGGAACGUCACCAUUUUCAGUUUUAAGGUGAACCAUUAGUAUAGGAACCAAGAGAAUAUCCAUAAUAUUAAACAAACUUGUUUCAUUUGCAUAAAAAUUAUCUGAUUGCCAUAAUCUAAACCAAUAAACGAUCUGUUUUGAAACCAGGUAAAAUGGUUGCUUUGAACACAGUAAAUAAAUGUGACAGCAGAAUGCAGAAUAUUUCCGGCUAGUUUCUAUUGAUGAUGUUAGCUAUAGUUUAUUUUGAGGUUAUAAAUUUGGUAUCAGUUAAUUUAUAUGGAUUAGUCAUUGACUGUCUUAUCAUCCCUUAGAAUAUUCUCGUUCACUUACAGAACACUGCUGUGUACUCUUUUUAAUAUUCAAUUAAAUUACUAUUUAAUUAAAGUAAAUAGUACACUACCAAUAUUAUUAUAUGAGAGCGUAAUAUUGUAAUUCAUCUAAAUACAGCAUUCAGUUUAAUCUAAAUUGAAAACAAAAUUAGCCUUUUAAAAUUUUGACAAAAUAUUUACACAACUUGUAUGGAAAGUUAAUCUGUGUUUCAAAGCUUCAUAUGACAAUUCUAAUAAUGCAACUCAGGUUUAGAUCAUUCAAUCAUUAAGAGUGAACUGGGUAACUCUUCAACUUUCUUCCAUCUCCAUUCCCGAACUUCUAAUAUGUCAUUGCACUUUGAAUACAAGCUAGUCCAUCCAUUUUUCUUACUUAAUAGCAUCACAUGAUCGACUGUCCGAUAAUCUUCGCUCAUAAAUCUCAAUUUAUUUACAUCCUUUCCUAUAUAUAAAAAUGUCUGGGUCGUUCGUAUCAGUGGCAAACUUAGCUACAUAAGUUUAUUGGCAUAUGUGCAUAUAUUCAACCUUCACUACGGUAUAUGGUUAAAAAUGUAGUAAUUUUGAUAAUUUGCUACCUAAGAUUUCUUUUAGGGAAGUAAAUGAGGUCACAACAUUUUUGUGUUACUACUACAGUAACAAGCUUAAGAGUUCUAUGGAAAAAGAAAUACUUACUAAUGUAAAAUUUUACAUAUAAGGAUUACAGAGUAUAUAUAUUAUUAUUUUUCAAAUGAACUGUUCAACAUCAAAACAGCAGAGACAUAAUAAUGAUAAGAAAGAAAACAGAUCAAAUGUGAUUGAGGCAGAUUUGGGAUUUGUAUAUCAACUAAAGUCAAUACAUUCUUUGUUGUAGACUUUUUGGGCUUAGUAUAAAUUGUACUAAAUUAAAUUUACAUUGUCAAUAUUGAUGAAAUGUGUUUAUAAUAUGAUGAGUGGUUUUUAACUGGGACAGUCAAGGUCAAAUUGCAAAAAUUCACAGAUAGAAUAUAAUAGUUGUUUGAUUAAAGAAUGAACACUUUUGUGUAUUUGUUUAAUUUCAUAUUGAGCAAGGAGUGUAAAUUCACCUGAUAGUUUUUUAAGGCUGGAUCAAAUCAGCAUUGAGUUAAUAAAUCAGAGUAACAUCGAAUCAAACCAGACUUAUAAUAUGAGUUUUUAGAGCAUCAUUUAAAGUGUCAAAUUAAUUAUUUCACUUUGAAAAUUCUUUAGUAGAGUUUGAAAGUAAUUUUUCUUGGUAAACUUAGACAGUUAGGUGUCACUUUCAACAGCCAUUUUUGUUUUUAAAUAAUUUGAAAAAAAUGUUGUUCCGCUGUAAUUGGUAUUUACUUUCACCUCUAAUGUGAGGUUUUAAUUUUUGUCCUACCGAAUAAAAUUUACUUUGUUUUUCUCCAUUUAGUCCCAAGUUGUGGAAAUUACAGUAUUGUUUAGCCAGAUUAUAAUACUUUUCUUUUUUACAGCAAAGCAAUUUCUUGUAAACAUAUGUUGUAGUGGAGAUGUACUCUCUGAAAUGUGUCUGCCCCAGACUGGGUCCCUGAAGAAAGAUAGUAAGUUAACAGAUAAUGCAUUAGUUGUGUUGUUCAUUGCAUAAAUUAUGUCAAACAACUAAGCACCAUUGUAUUGUAUACUCCCGAUGGUUUUAACUUUGGAUUUGUUACAAAUUCAGAUUAUCAAAUUCUUUAUAAAAAUCAUAUCAAAUUCUUUAUAAAAAUCAUAUAUGUCCACUUUUUUUAGCUACCAUGGAUUCAGUCAAACUUGUGAUGGUUGACUUGGCAAUGAUCUCAAGCCAAAAGACCCAUCAAGUAAUGGGUCAGAUUUUUCAUAAAACCUUGUUAGAACAAAGGUGUUUGUUCCAUAAAUCUUCUCGGAAAUGUUGUAAUAUUUUGGGAACUGAGAGAAUAAGCUAAAUGGGUCUAUAAUCAACUACCACUUUGCAGGACUUCUGUUAUAUUUGAGAAUACUCGAAUUACUGUUAUGUUGUCCUGAAAGAUACCCUUGUUAGAAUGACAGAGAAAGAUUGAUCUGUUAACCUGUCAAUAAGACCAAGAUUGUGACAUCACUUAGUGUAUAUAUUUAAGUGUUCUGCAAAUGAAAUGGAUUUAUAAGUAUUUUGUCAACUAUUAACUAUUCAGUUGCUUCAUGUGUAUGUAUAUUUUAAUCUUUACUGUGUUUAAUGCCGAGAUAAGUAUUCCAUUGUUUUUUUAUAUACUAUACUUAAUAUUUUUUGGCAUUUUGCAUAUGCCAUUCUUAAAUAUGAUAUAUUUUGAAUGUUAUCUAUCCUAACUGUUGAUUGUGAGUUUUUUUAAGUGAUCCAAUGUUUUUCUUUAUUUGUUGCCUUCGAUCAAGUUGAAUGUUAUCUAUCAUAACUGUUUUAUUUUAAGUGAUCCAAUGUUUUUCUUUAUUUGUUGCCUCCUAUCAAGAUUUCAGAUGGUGGGUGUGUUGAACAAGUGUCAUGUCAGUAUAGAUUAAGUUUGAUUUCAUAUUAGUAGGUAGCAUCUUUUUACAUUUAUUUUAAAUGUGUGCCAUCAAAUGGCUUUCCAAUGAUAACUAAAUAACUGAUAUGUUUACUUUAUAAGACUGUUAGUUACCUAUGUUACAGCUGUUGAUACUUUUAUAAUAAAAAGUUACCAAAGUUGA